UCUGUCCCCAAAGUUUUGCCCAUAAAAAAUCUCUCUCAAUUGGGGGUUUUCUUUCUCUUCCCCGCCUCCCCUGUUCUUUCUUUGCACUAAGCUGCCACCCACUACCUCUGCUCUACUUGUUCCUAAUACCACCACCAUCAUUACUACCUUUACUACUAUCGACUAAUUCAAAGUUGAUUAGAAUGGUGUAAGAGAAGUGCAACCGAAGAAAGGGAAGCAAAGCACAAAAGGGGUUUAAGCAGAAGAAGUCAGAGAGAGAGAGAGUUGUGGCAUGGGAAGCCAUAGGAUGGGAGAGACGGGUUUAUCAGACUCUGGUCCUUCGACUCAUCACCACCACCACCACCAUCUCCCUUACGCUCUUCUCCAUGGAAUGAAUCCUUCGAGCACCGCUUUCAUGAGCCAGGACCCAGCCUUUGAUUUUGGGGAGCUGGAGGAAGCAAUCGUGUUGCAAGGAGUCAAGAUUAGGAAUGAUGAAUCUAAAGCACCAGUGGGAGGUGGUGUAUCAGCAGCAGCUUUAUUCACAGAAGAAGGAGGAAGACCUUCUGCUUCCACAACACUUGAAAUGUUCCCUUCAUGGCCAAUGAGAUUCCACCACCAACAGCAACAACAACAACUCAAUACUCCCAGAGUAGUACUCUUUCCUCCACCCGGGAGUUCAAGGUCAGGAGGGGAAAGCACGGAUUCAGGGUCAGGAGUAAACACAAUCUCAAGCAAAGCUGAAGCCUCAGCUCAUCAUCAUAACCAUCACCAUAAUAAUAACAUUGAGCCAGAAUCACCCAUCAGUAGAAAAGCUGCGUCUUCUUCCUCGGAUCAUUACCACUUCCAACACCAUCAAAUGGAUCAAUUGGCAGUCAGCAAUGGCGGAGCAGGCCCUUCUUCCUCUUCCCACCACCACAUUCAGCAACAGAAUCAGUCAGCUGACAAGCCACCCAAUGAAAAGGUCCCUAGGAAAGGCAUAUCAUCAGAGAAGCCGCUCGAUGCAAAGACACUGAGGCGUUUGGCUCAAAACAGAGAAGCAGCAAGGAAGAGCCGACUGAGAAAAAAGGCCUAUGUGCAGCAGCUAGAAACCAGCAGAAUAAAGCUCAGCCAGCUGGAACAAGAGCUUCAAAGAGCCCGCCAGCAGGGUCUCUUCCUCGGUGGUUGUAGUGGAGCUGGUGGCAAUCUUAGCUCUGCGGCGGCGAUGUUUGAUAUGGAGUACGCGCGGUGGCUGGAGGACGACCUCCGCCACAUGUCGGAGCUGCGGGCGGGGCUCCACGCGCACCUGUCGGACAGCGACCUGAGGAUCACCGUCGACAGGUACAUUUCGCACUACGACGAGAUUUUCCGGCUGAAAGGGGUGACGGCGAAGUCCGACGUCUUCCAUCUGAUCACCGGCGUGUGGGCGACGCCGGCGGAGAGGUGCUUCCUCUGGAUGGGCGGCUUCAGGCCCUCAGAGCUCAUUAAGAUGUUGAUUUCUCAAUUAGACCCAUUGACGGAGCAGCAGGUGAUGGGGAUAUACAGCCUCCAGCACUCAUCACAGCAAGCAGAGGAGGCUCUCUCCCAAGGUCUGGACCAGCUCCAACAGUCCCUCGUCGACACCAUCGCGGGAGGGCCGGUCAUCGACGGGAUGCAGCAGAUGGCCGUCGCCUUGGGGAAGCUCGCCAAUCUCGAGGGUUUCGUUCGCCAGGCUGAUAACUUGAGGCAGCAAACGCUCCACCAGCUCCGGCGGAUCUUGACCGUCCGGCAGGCGGCGCGGUGCUUUCUGGUGAUCGGAGAGUACUACGGCCGGCUGCGCGCUCUGAGUUCAUUGUGGGCAUCUCGUCCUCGAGACACGUUGAUGGGAGACGAGAACUCGUGCCAAACGACGACGGAUCUGCAGAUGGUGCAGCCUUCGCAGUCUCACUUCACCAACUUCUGAUGGAUAAUGGAGGGAACCCUUUUAGCGACGAGUAUUUAAGAGGACCAAACCGGGGAAAAAAAGAGAGGGGGUAAUGUUGUGCAAUAUCGUCCUCAGCUUUAGAAAGGGAUAAUUAGGAGCUCCUUUUUAUCAUUCUUUUCUUCCUUUUCUAUCUCUUCUUUUUCUUCUUGUUCCAUUUCUCUAUGUAGGGUUAGUCUCAUUCCUUAUCUCGGCCGGCCUCCAUCGAUGUUUAGAUUAUGAUAUGGUUAUUGGUUUCAAUGUGUUGUCGUUGUAAAUGUAAAU